GCGGGUAACUCCUUGUGGCGGGUAACUGGGGCUCUCCUUUCCCCACCUGUCAGUGCUGCGCGGGGCGCGGGACCUGCCCGCCGUCCGAGCCGGCGGUGGCGGUUGCAACGGCCCCGUCUGCCAGAGGCGCUGAGGAGAGGAGAGUUCCAAUUAGGUUUUAUUUGCAGUACUAGCUCUUCAAGAGUUUCAGAGUGCAGACUGUCCUUCGUUUGGCCUUCAUCAUGAUUGGAUUACAUGAAGAGAAAUUUUAAUGGAACAGCAGAUUGAAUGAAUGCUUGCCUUCAUAUUAAGUGCUCAUGGGUAAGAGAAAGGAAGAAAGUAUUUCAAAGCCUGGCUCCCAUAAAAGGCAGAGACAAGAACACAGAGAUGAAAACAGCGAUGAAUCUAAUGAAGAGGAAAGUCUGCAGUCAUCAGCUGAUAGUAGUUUCUCUUCGCUGUCAACUGAAGGGGAAGUUGGCAUAAUUGAAGGUAUUCAGCUGAAGAACUUCAUGUGCCAUUCAAUGUUGGGGCCUUUCCAGUUUGGAUCAAAUCUCAAUUUUGUUGUUGGAAACAAUGGAAGUGGAAAAAGUUCUGUAUUAACUGCUCUUAUUGUUGGACUUGGUGGAAAAGCCACUGCAACUAAUAGAGGUUCCUCGUUAAAAAUGUUUGUACGAGAUGGGGAGACUUCUGCAGAUAUUUCUAUAACCUUGCGAAACCAAGGUAGAGAUGCGUUUAAGCCAGAAGUGUAUGGUAGCUCUAUUAUUGUGAAUCAGCACAUUAAUCUGGAUGGAAGCAGAAAUUACAGACUGAAGAGCAAAUCUGGGACCUUAAUUUCAUCAAAGAAAGAGGAACUCAUAGGAAUACUGGAUCACUUUAAUAUACAGGUAGAUAAUCCUGUGUCUGUUUUAACCCAAGAGAUGAGUAAGCACUUUUUACAAUCUAAAAAUGAAGGUGAUAAAUAUAAGUUUUUUAUGAAAGCAACUCAGUUGGAACAAAUGAAAGAAGAUUAUUCAUCUAUUAUGAAAACUAAAGAAAAUACAUGUAUUCAGAUAGAACAAGGUGUAGAGCGUCUUCAAGAACUUAAGGAGCUUUAUUGUAGAAAAAAGGAACAUUACAAAAGUAUUGGGUUUGUGAAUGAAAUGCGAAAUCAUCUUGAAGAUUUGAAACAUAAAAUGGCAUGGGCAGUGGUGGGUGAGAUGGAAAAAGAAAUUCAGCCAAUCAAAGAAUUCAUCAUUGCUGAAGAAGAAAAUACGAAGAAGUUUGUUCAGAAGCUAGAAGAAUGCCAGGUGAAAGUCAACGAAGCAGAAGAAAAGUACAAAGCAAUACAAGACAAGUUAAUAAGGAUAAACGAAGAAGCACAAGCCCUGCAUCCUCAGUGUACUUCUUUGAAGGCUGAUGUGCAGGCAAGAAGAAAAGCAGUCAAUGAAACUGAGGUAGUUUAUAAUCGUUUCAAAACAGAGUUGAAACGUCUGGAAAAAGAUGAUGAACAGUUACAUAAACGAAUUGAAGAACUGAAAAGCAGUGCUAAUCACAUUUCAGAGCCUGAAAAAUUGGAAAGACAAAGGAAAAUCGCACGCUUAAGGGAACAGUUAAAGGUGUUCCAUGAUGAAGAAAUAAUGAUUGGUCAACAGAUGGAUCAGUUUCAGCAGGCUAUAUAUAAGUGUAAGGAAGAGCAGGCUAGACUUACGAAAGAAAGCUGUGAUGUGAGACAAGCACUGGAUGCCAAGCAGAAACAGCUGAGAGAGCUGAAAGAUAGUAAAACAAAUACCUUUAGAAGAUUUGGAUCAUAUAUUCCAGCAUUUCUUGAAGAAGUUGAAAGAGCCUAUAAGCAAGGGCGCUUUCAACAUAAGCCUAUUGGACCUUUAGGUGCUUUCAUUCAUCUAAAAGAUGCUGAGCUGACCUUGGCUGUUGAAUGUUGUUUAAAGAGCCUAGUUCAGGCAUUUUGCUGUGACAAUCACAAUGAUGAAAAAACUCUUCAGCAGCUUAUGCAAAAAUAUUAUCCACGUGAUUUUAGACCUCAAAUAAUUGUGAAUAAAUUUCAGAAUACAGUUUAUGAUGUUAGGCACAGGGGAGUCCAUCAUCCAGAAUUCCCAUCAGUUCUCACAGCACUGGAUAUAGAUCAUGCUGUGGUUGCCAAUUGUUUGAUCGAUGUGAGGGGUAUAGAAACAAUCCUGCUGAUUAAAAGUAGCCGUAAAGCUCGUGAAGUGAUGCAGUUUAAUCGGCCCCCAAAAAACUGUAAAGAAGCUUUCACUGCUGAAGGUGAUCAAGUGUUUGAAAGACGGUAUUACUCUUCUGCUUACGUCAGACCUAAGUUCUUAAGCAAAGAUGUUGAAGCAGAAAUAAGUCAUUUGGAGAAAGAGAUUGAAAGCAAAAAGGCACAUUUGACUGCAUCUCAGCAACAUUUAUAUUCCGUUCAAAAUGAGAUUAGGCAGAAUGAAGAUCAUCUUCAAGGUCAUCGACGGCACCAAAAAAACCUACAGAUAAAAGUAAGAACAACAAAUGCAGAAAUAGCAGAUCUUGAAAAUAUGGAAGAACACCAGGCAGUGGACAUUCGUACAUUAGAAGAUGAAGCUAAAGAAAAUAAGUGUAAGAUGGAAUCUGUAAAAACAGACAUGCAGCAACUCAGCAGAAAAAUGGAAGAACUGAAAAAUAUUCGCCAGGUAGCUGAAAAAAAAUUUGAAGAAAUGAAAGAAAAAAUUCAUCAAGUAGAAGAAAUUGCAGGUCCAAUUAAGGAGGAAUUAAACCAAGCUGACACAGAACUGGAGACUAGUAAACGCCGUUUGCAGCACUAUGAAGAAAAACAGAAGGAACACUUGGCUUGCGUAAAAAGACAUAAAGAAUUACUAGCUGUCAAAGAAAAACAAUUAGAGGAAAAAAUGGCACAAGCUAGGCAAAUCUACUCGGAGCGCCUAGAGGUCAGCAGAACUGUUAAGAGUCUUGAUGCAGAAAUGAAUCGCUUGAGAGAGACGAUAAAUACAGAAAGUAAUCGCUAUGGAAACAGAGAAGAAAUAAUACAGCAAUUUCAUGAUGCAAAGGAAAGAUAUAUGGAUGCAAACAGUAAAGUAAAGAAUUUAAAGAAAUUUAUUAGGCUGCUGGAAGAAAUAAUGACACAGAGAUUCAAAAUAUAUCGGCAGUUCUUAAGGCUCCUUUCUUUACGAUGCAAACUCUACUUUGAACAUUUAUUACGUAUUCGAGCUUGCUCUGGAAAAAUACUUUUUGAUCACAAGAAUGAGACACUUUCAAUAACAGUUCAGCCUCGAGAGAAAGACAAAGGUACCCUUAAUGACGUGCGAUCCUUAUCAGGAGGUGAACGUUCCUUCUCAACAGUUUGUUUCAUUCUUUCUCUGUGGUCCAUUACCGAAUCUCCUUUCAGAUGCUUGGAUGAAUUUGAUGUCUACAUGGACAUGGUUAACAGAAGAAUUGCAAUGGAUAUGAUUCUUAAGGUGGCUAGCACACAGCGCCAUCGACAGUUCAUUUUGUUCACCCCACAAAGCAUGAGUUCUCUGCCUACGAGUUCCUGUAUUCGAAUCCUCCGAAUGCAAGAUCCUGAAAGAGGCCAAAGAACCCUGAAUUUCAAAAAUAGGAAUGACAAAGAGGAAGAUCAAUAAGUAUUUCUCUGUAUGAAUAUGGCAUAUUAAUGAGGAUAAAUGUAUAAUGAUGUGUAUAAAGUUACUAUUUCCUGAUGCUGAAAAGGGGAUCUUUUAUUAGAUAUUCUUGGGAAAAGAAGAGGUUCCAGGUUUUUUUUAAUUACAAUUUUUUUUAAAGAUUUACUGUGUGUGUACAGAGCAAUAUAAGCACAGUUUCUAUGAUGAGAAAAUCCUAAAUGCUCAGUUGAUAUUUUUAACUACCUGCUAGUAUACUGACUUUUUUAAUCAGUUGUUCUGUUUUGUCUUCUGGAAAAGACGAAAUGUAUUUUAUAUAACUAUGGAGUAAUAUUUUAAUAAACAGCGAGAACUGAUCCUUGUGGUAAUGUUGUAGCGUCUUUACGCUCUUAAAAUUAGCAUUAAGUUAAAAAUGUUUCUUUCUAGCUCUGUUUCUUAAACGUGUGUUAAUAAAUACAUGAAGUAAAACAUGUUUCUUUUUUUUUCCAGUGGAACCACAGAAGCUGACCAUGUUAGCAUUUAUAGUGUAUAUUUUCAUAAUUUGAGAAGUGAAAACUUAUUUGCAGUAUAUUCUCUGGGCAGGAAGCAAGUGCUUUUAUUUCCUCCUAAAGAAUUUGUAGGGAAGAGCUUGAGUUUCUUUGAACAUGGGCUUACGAAACCUAGGAAUCUCUGGCUUUAUAAACUAUAAAUUUUUUUAACCCAGAUAAACUUCAUUCUUGAACAGCUCGUGUUUGCAAGUAUAUACGAAGACUGUAGAUAUUAAUUAUAACAAAAGGACAGAAGUCAUUCCAAAAUAGAGGAAUUAAGUGGAAUAAGAAUUUGGGGAAAUAAUACAGUAACUCUUAUAUAGCAUUGUAUAGGUCUGCGUUUUGUUGGGUGUCCCCACCUGUAGUGGAGCAGUUAAAUUAAACUUGCUUUAUUUAAAUAAUACAAGCAUUUUUGGGGGAUUAGAGGGAAAAGGAACCAUCAGAUUUUUCAAACUGCUCCAAAUUAACCUUUUUUGUUUUCUUCUCCUUUCUCCAGGAACUUGAAUUUGUUGGGAGCUCUUCAAAAACAAUCACUUUUUAGAGUUUAGCCAUCAGAAAUACAUUUUUCUUUUUGACAUUAUGGGGAUACAAAAACCAGAGACUAUACAGAGAACAGUUCUGCACUUUCUACAGUUAUUUCCUAAACAGCAAUUCUUCAAUAAAACCUCAUUGCAGUAUAAUUUUUAA